AUGGGGGUACACGAUGUCUACGAGAGCCUGGAUACGCUGAUAAGCCGGUGGAAGACGGCGCAUUUGCUGGAUUACUUUCUGGUUGAGCAAGCCCAGAUUCGCAGCGUCCAGCGUGCUCUCACCAUCCACGAACAGGACCAGCUGGACACGCUGGUAGAUGAGCUGACCUGGGAGAAAGUGGUCACUGUGACAAAUCACGCGGCAGAGCAAGUGUUCGGCGUCAUCGCACGUGCGCCACCUCGUCCGUGGCUGGCAGGCCGAAAUGUUGAGAUGAAGGCACUCAGUUACGCAGUGUACACUGCCAAGCUAGCUGCCGCGGCCGCUGCAAAUCUGCAACCGGGGUCGCGCUCGGCGGAAGAAAUAGCAGACCUGAAAGGAGUGCGGGAGGGACAGCCGGGGCUGGUGGAAGCACCAGAAAACCCCUCACUUGAUGCUGAAGCGUGGCAGCAACACUUCCAGGCGAUCCAGAACGGGGCGAUGCCAGUACACGACCGGGUCUGGAACGCAAUCCCUGAACACGAGCAGGUGGCCACCUGGAUGGGAGAUGCGCCGUCUGAGGCAGAAACACGGCGAGCAAUCCAGAACAUGAAGUGUGGUAAAGCACCCGGAGUAGACGGUGUGACGGUGGAGGCGCUGCGUUGGGGCCCCGAAUCCUUGCAGUCGCAACUCCACUUAGUCGUCACGCACAUGUGGAACGAGGCCGGCAGUUGUCUUGACGAUCAGUUGGGACCUACGUGGCCUACGGACUGGUCGACGGCAAUCAUAAUACCACUCUGGAAGCAGAAGCAGCCAAAAACGGAUAAGAACAACUGGAGAGGGAUCACACUACUCAGUGUUGGCGCAAAGAUCGUAGCGCGGAUCGUGGCCAACCGACUGCAACGGCACACUGAGACCUUCAUGGACGAACACCAGCAGGGAUUCCGCCGCAAUCGCGGGGUCGAUGAUGUGCUACAGGUGACAAGGCGCGUAGCCGAGGAGGUCGUCUUUUCCGGCCCCAGCCAGCCAGUGACCCUGACUCUGUACGAUAUUGAAAAGGCUUACCCGCGGGUAAAUCGUGAGGCACUCUGGGAGCUGCUAAGGCGCUGGGGAUCAUGCCCUCGCUUCAUCAAAGUGUGCCAGGCACUACAUAACAGCACGCUGUUUCGGGUUCAAAGCGGCGCAGCGCUGUCACGCGGUUACUAUGCGGAUCGCGGUCUGAAGGAGGGAUGUCCCAGUUCGCCACCGUUGUUCAACGUGUAUCACGCGGCGGUCAUGAAGGACUAUCGCGUGCGGCGGACACGGGAAGCAUCCCGACAGGGACUAACCCCAGGUGUUACUUGGAAGGCGCAUGUGGGUGGACAAUUUCAGACCACUGGACAAGUAGUCACUGCGCAGCGAAACACGGCCACGGUAGUGCUAGGCGAUAUCGAAUUCGCCGAUGAUACGGCCACCCUCGCUACGGCGGACGAACACCAAACGGCUGACAGGCUGCUGGAAGAGACCUUUACUGACUGGGGGGAAAAGAUUAAUCGCGCCAAAACCGAGUCGCUCAUUUCCACCCUGGCGCGCCGCCAGAAAAGCGCAGUAGGGAUGCCCCAAACGUGCCAGCCGUCCGUCACGUAG